AUGAAUAAACUUUAAUUAUUACAAAGUAUCAAAAACUUAACUAAACAAGUUGCACUGAGAUAGAGAUUAUUUACAAAUAGAUAAGCAAAUAUCUUAAGUCUAAGCAAUUAGAUUUAAUAUAUAUUUUGCUCAUAAAAGCCAAUUAGGAGUACAUAGGAAGAAGAUUCUUCAUUAUAGGCAUUAAACAAUAACAUUUAUGAUAUUGAAAAUAAUACACAAGUUGGAUAGAUAGUUAAAUUUAAAAAUGACAUAAUUUACUUUACUAAUUUUGAGAAGAGCAAAUUAAAAUUAAAAUCUUUGAUCUAAUUAGAAAAAGAUGCAUAAAAGUAAGCUCUAGUUUUGAGUUUAAAUGAAAAAAUAUCAAGCGCUUUAUGCUUAAACAAGAUUGAUCAUAAUUAAAACUAUUUAGAUCAAUCAAUUAAGCUAGUAAACCCAAAUGGUCUUAAGCUUCAAUUAAAUGGAAAAUAAAUUUGUGGCAAAGUAAUUAACUAUCGUGGUGAAGUUAUUAAGGAAUUUUCACCAUAACCAAGCUAAGAAGGAGAAGUAGCCAAUAAUUAUUCUGAAAAUCGUAAUGAUUAUGAUGUUGAAUUUAACUUACUAGAUUACAAGGAUCACCUUAUACUUCACUAAAAAAGAUUAACUUCAAAGCACUAAUUUUAUACAGGAAAUACUUCAGUAGAUAUGACUUAGCCAAUUUAUUAAGGAAGUUUUGUUAUUCUUAAUGGGGAUUUUAAUACAGGAAAAUCUAACUUGGCAAGCAAAAUGAUUAAGUAAAACUGUACAUUAAAUCCAAAUACUGUUGGUAUUUUUGUAACAUAACACUUUUCUACUGCAGAAAAAGUGUUAAGUGAACUUCAAUCAAAUGAACAUAGCAGAAAUAAUUUUAUCAUAGUUAGCCCUCAAAAUGAUGAAGCAGCUGGUAUGGCUGAAAAAUAUUUAUGUCCUUUUACUGCUUUACAUUUAGCACUCAAAAUUUAAUAGGAAAGGAGUAAAGAUGUUAUUAUUAUAUAUGAUAAUAUCUAUGAUCAUUUUUAAUAAGAAAGUCUUAUUUUUAGAUAGAUUGAUAUGCCUUCAGGAUUCAAUAUUGUUUUGAAGGAGCUAUUUAGUAUGAGUGGUUAUUAUGGAGACAGAAAUGGAAGUAUUUCUAGUAUUUGUAUUUUUGAUAGCAACCGUGCUUCUGAAAAGCACUAAAAAGAAAUAUAAAAUCUAUACUAAGAAGCUGAAAGAUAUGCUAAUGUUAUUAUAGAUUUUGGAUUGAAUGAUCCCUAUAACCUUUAAACACGCCCUAAUAUAUUAUUAAAAGAUUAGAAUUAAGUGCUUAAGAAUCAAGUCCAAAAAUGUCCUAAUGUUUUUUAGAAGACAUCAUUUAUUGUUACUCAUUUCUAAGAAAAAAUAUAAUUAAUGAAUCCAAAAAAUGUGGAUAUAUGCUAUAGUUGUAAAAUAAAAAUUUUACUUUCUGAUAAAAAUGGCUUUUAGUUUUGUUAUGAAUGCAAAAAUAAGCAAGAAAAAUAACAAAGUUAUUUGAAAAAAAUAUGGAAUAAAAUCAAAUCUCAGAAUUGA